AUGAAGGGUGUUAUAGCUAGUGUAGUGACCAUGUGGGUGAAAACUAUAAUCGCUGUGGCCUGUUUAGGCCUGCUAGUAACGGCUCAGUCUCGUUACUCAUCAGAUGAAAGAUCUUACAGACGGAACUAUCAAUCGCGUCCCAGUCAAUGGAGGGACCUUGCUGAUGAAUACGACAGAGAUGAAGACAGAGGGCCACAAACACCGAGUAUUAAAUAUCCACUUCAGGCAAUACCUUAUGAAUUACCUAUAGGAGUUCGUGGCGCGAAUUUACAGUUACUUGUACUUCCAAUCCCCAUGACAUCACUUAAUCCUGGACCUAGUCAGAAAUCAGAAUGUAAAGUAACACCGGAACCCGAGGAACCGAUAAUCGACGUGAGAUCGGGAGCCCCAACUAUAUAUUCAAGUCCACCACUUGGUAUACCACAAAGUCCACGUGUUCCCACCAGACAUAAUAUUCCACCAAAAGCUGUAACUCGUAAUGAGGUUCAAAACAAAGCACCUUCGUAUCCAUCGUACCUUAACGUAGAAAAAUUGGAUCAACCUGUGAUUCCACCAGAAAUACCUCCUUCUGAAUCAUCGAAGGAAAUCUUAGAGCAAUUCCUCGCUCAGGCACCUCAAGCUCCCCAACUGCCGCCUGUACUGCUAUCAGAAUAUGACAAAAAUGAACGUAUACCACAUCCAGAAGAAGAGGAUGAGCAAACUAAUUUAAUAGAAGAAAGUUCAGCAGUACCAACCGUCAAAACUAAUUUGCCAUAUACACAAAACGUGUACAGUCGAGGCAGAAAAGUACAAACUCAACCAUCAAGACCUCGUUUCUCACAAUCAGUUGUGAUACGAGGUGAACUCUCUGUGCCUAAAUCUGACUUCACAGAACCUUAUACAGCCUGGUGGGAUGCCUCGAGCGGGUCUUCCAAAGUUGACUUUCACGGAGGAUCGACAAGCACAUAUAGGACAGUGAUGGCUGAUAAAAGACUUCAGCGAUUGGAGAUGCGUGUGGAUCGUUCCGGUGAACGCGCUGUUCGUCGCUGUGGCAAGGCCUCCUCAUACCAAAACAAUCCUCUGGACAUUUCUCAUCCCGCUUUACCAGACAUUGAUUUAUUCAACUUCGUUGGUUAUGAGCCCGAUGGUCGUGUGGAGCGUUGGCAACACACAGUCGUUGGUCGUGAAGGAGAGCUUGGUGCUAUACAAGGAGAGUCUCUUAGCCUGAAACAUGAUCUGCUUCUCAUACGUGAUUCUGAAGACAACGCAACGCCUAUACUAUACACAGUGUCAGUCAAUAGUUCUCUCCUUGGUCCCAAUGCUGACAGCUAUGAACAUCGUUACUUGGAUGUUCGUCGUCAUGAACAAAACGCCGACUUCUUCAUACCAAAUAUAAGUGAUCUAUGCGACACUGUUGAAUCGUUGAAUGCUUCUAUACCGGAACAUUUAUCUCGCCUCGAACCUCUGAGGGAAUACAUACAGCCUCAUCGCGACCAGAAAUACGUGGCGGCAAUACAAAAUUUCAAGGUGAAAUACAACCGUCGUUACAUAGACAACUCUGAAGAAGCUGUAAGAACAGCGUUACUGAUGCAGCACAAGCGCUUUAUUUCAUCUGGUAACCGAGAGGGCGCCACCUUCGAGCUAGGAGUGAACUUCUUAGGAGACAGGCUGGACAACGAGCUGAAACAACUGCGCGGAGUGAAGUUAGAAGAAGAAAGAACUCAAGCUGAGCUGUUCCCUCACUCAAGAAGCAUGCUGAGAAAGGAAAGCGCUAAACUACCUGAUAAUUUCGACUGGAGGGUUAAGGGUGGAGUGUCACCUGUUGGAUUCCAGGGUAAAUGUUCAUCGUGUUGGUCAUUCGCGGUUUCUGGUGCUGUGGAAGGAGCGUUAUUCGCAAGGACUGGCAAGCUCGUGCCACUCUCACAACAAUGCCUCGUGGAUUGUGCACAUCCAUUUGGAGGCAAAGGUUGCAAAGGCACGUGGCCAAGUCAUGCGUACGACUACGUGAAAAACCGUGGUCUACCUGCCCUCGACGAAUACCCAUCAUAUAAAGCAAAGGUUGAACAAUGCGCAGAAAAAUCAGUACGUCCCGUGACACGUAUUAGUGGACAUGUUAACGUUACCGCAAAUAGCCUUUCAGCUCUGAAGGUGGCUAUACGAGAUCACGCCCCGACCGUGGUCAUUGUUGAUGCGAAACUUAAGAGCUUCGUGUUCUAUAAGCAUGGAGUCUUCUACGAUGACAGAUGCGGUAAGACGCGGCCUCGUUUGAACCACGCUGUGUUAGCCGUUGGUUGGGGAGACCAGAAUGAAGAGCACUUCAUCUUAAAGAACUCCUGGUCGGAGGCGUGGGGUGAACGAGGAUUCAUGAGAAUACACGCGAGGUCCAACACAUGCGGGGUCCUCACCAGACCCAGCUACCCUCGGCUUGAAGAUAGCCUGCUAGUAACGGCUCAGUCUCGUUAUUCAUCGGAUGUAAGAUCAUACAGACGGAACUAUCAAUCCCGGCCGAGUCAAUGGAGGGACCUUGCCGAAGGAGUUCGUGGCGCGAAUUUACAGUUACUUGUACUCCCAAUCCCCAUGACAUCACUUAAUCCUGGACCUAGUCAAAAAUCAGAAUGUAAAGUAACACCGGAACCCGAGGAACCGCUAAUUGACGUGAGAUCGGGAGCCCCAACUAUAUAUUCAAGUCCACCACUUGGUAUACCAUUAAGUCCACGUGUUCCCACCAGACAUAAUAUUCCACCAAAAGCUGUAACUCGUAAUGAGGUUCAAAACAAAGCACCUUCGUAUCCAUCGUACCUUAACGUAGAAAAAUUAGAUCAACCUGUGAUUCCACCCGAAAUACCUCCUUCUGAAUCAUCGAAGGAAAUCUUAGAGCAAUUCCUCGCACAGGCACCUCAAGCGCCCCAACUACCGCCUGUACUGCUAUCAGAAUAUGACAAAAAUGAACGUAUACCACAUCCAGAAGAAGAGGAUGAGCAAACUAAUUUAAUAGAAGAAAGUGCAGCAGUACCAAUCGUCAAAACUAAUUUGCCAUACACACAAAAUGUUUACAGUCGAGGCAGAAAAGUACAAACUCAACCAUCAAGGCCUCGUUUCUCACAAUCCGUUGUGAUACGAGGUGAACUAUCUGUGCCUAAAUCUGACUUCACAGAACCUUAUACAGCCUGGUGGGAUGCCUCGAGCGGAUCUUCCAAAGUUGACUUUCACGGAGGAUCGACAAGCACAUAUAGGACAGUGAUGGCUGAUAAGACUUCAGCGAUUGGAGGUGUGAUGCAUGAAAAUAGCACCAUUUAG